GUUAGCGAUCUCUGUUUUAAAGAAACCAGAGCUCCUGUAGUCGCUACGGGCAACACUGCAGAGGUGUCUCCCACUCGCACCGGCAGGCGGAAGACCCACGGGGUCCGUCUCAGAAAAGGGCCCGGCAGGGCCUCGAGCCCAGGAAUAACAGAUCCUGGCGUUUUCGCGGCCUCCAGCUCAGCGCCCAGUCGCAGGCUGCUGGCCCAGGGCACGGAUAACAGGGGCCUGCUGCGGCCUGGCUGGGCAGAGCCAGCGACGACGGAGGCCGGCUCCCGCCGCGGCGAGUGAGGGCCGCGACGCCCCGGAAGCGUGCGGUGGCGGCUGGACGACGUGGCGGGCCGUGAGGCGCCGGGCGCUUCCGCGGGCCUGCGCGAGCUGGGCGGCGGCCGGCUGCGUGGUCGCGUGCGGCUCCAGCCAUGGCCGAGUCUGUGGAGCGGCUGCAGCAGCGGGUGCAGGAGCUGGAGCGCGAACUGGCCCAGGAGAGAAGCCGGCGCGUCCUUGGGGGCGGCGACGGGGCGGGCGGUCGGGCCCGGAUCGAGAAGAUGAGUCCCGAAGUGGUAGAUUCCAAUCCCUACAGCCGCCUGAUGGCAUUGAAACGAAUGGGAAUUGUGAGUGACUAUGAGAAAAUCCGGACCUUUGCUGUAGCAAUAGUAGGUGUUGGUGGAGUCGGGAGUGUGACUGCAGAGAUGCUGACAAGAUGUGGCAUUGGUAAGGUAAAACAUUUCUCUUUGCCUAUCACAAAAGGAACAAGUCACCCUGGAGUAAAUCAGUUGCUACUCUUUGACUAUGACAAGGUGGAACUGGCCAAUAUGAAUAGACUUUUCUUCCAGCCUCAUCAAGCAGGAUUAAGUAAAGUUCAAGCAGCAGAACAUACUUUGAGGAACAUUAAUCCUGAUGUUCUUUUUGAAGUACACAACUACAAUAUAACCACAGUGGAAAACUUUCAACAUUUCAUGGAUAGAAUAAGUAAUGGCGGAUUAGAAGAAGGAAAACCUGUUGAUCUAGUUCUUAGCUGUGUGGACAAUUUUGAAGCUCGAAUGACAAUAAAUACAGCUUGUAAUGAACUUGGACAAACAUGGAUGGAAUCUGGGGUCAGUGAAAAUGCAGUUUCCGGGCACAUACAGCUCAUCAUUCCUGGAGAAUCAGCUUGCUUUGCGUGUGCACCACCUCUUGUAGUUGCUGCAAAUAUCGAUGAAAAAACUCUGAAACGAGAAGGUGUCUGUGCAGCUAGUCUUCCUACCACUAUGGGAGUAGUGGCUGGGAUCCUGGUACAAAAUGUGUUAAAGUUUCUGUUAAAGUUUGGUACAGUUAGUUUUUACCUUGGAUACAAUGCAAUGCAGGACUUUUUCCCUACAAUGUCCAUGAAGCCAAAUCCACAGUGUGAUGACAGAAAUUGCAGGAAGCAGCAGGAAGAAUAUAAGAGAAAGGAAGCAGCACUGCCCAAGCAGGAUGUCAUUCAAGAAGAGGAGGAAAUAAUACAUGAGGAUAAUGAAUGGGGUAUUGAGCUGGUAUCGGAGGUUUCAGAAGAGGAACUGAAAAAUUCUUCAGGUCCAGUUCCUGACCUACCUGAAGGAAUUACAGUGGCAUAUACAGUUCCAAAACAGCAAGAAGAUGCUGUACCUGCAGUAACAGUGGAAGAUUCUGGUGAAAGCUUGGAGGAACUCAUGGCCAAAAUGAAGAAUAUGUAAAUAAUGGACUGGCUUGUAUUCUGUUUCUGGUAUUUAAGCCUAUUCCCUUGAAAUUAAAAAUAUUUUCCCUUAAACUAAUAAAAAUUAGGGCAACAUUAA